UCUCUCUCUAUUACCCUCUCUUCUAGAUACUGUCUUCUCCAAAUCUCCUCCUAGUUCAUCGGCUAUAGGGUUCUUCACCGAUUCUUAAGAUCCGUUUGGUUUCUUGUUCUGUAGAUCAAGAAGAACAUCUUCAUCUCAUCCGUGUGCUGCUGCUCUGAUCGAUGGAGAGACGUCCCCGUCUCUCUCUUGUGUCUCUUCUUCUCCUCUUAUCAACAACUACUUUAACCUCAGCUGCUGAUUACUCUCCCACCGACAAGAUCUUCUUGAACUGUGGCGGUUCUUCUGAUCUAACCGACACAGACAACCGAACAUGGAUCCCCGACAUCAAAUCAAAGUUCCUCUCUUCCUCCGAAGACUCCAAAACAUCUCCCGCCGCCACACAAGACCCUUCCGUCCCCUCUGUCCCUUACAUGACAGCUAGAAUCUUCAGCUCUCCCUUCACAUACUCCUUCCCCGUCUCAUCAGGUCGCAAGUUCAUACGUCUCCACUUCUACCCUAACUCAUACGACGGUCUAAACGCCACUAACUCCCUCUUCACCGUCUCCUCCGGCUCCUACACUCUCCUCAAGAACUUCAGCGCUUCCCAAACAGCACAAGCGUUGACUUUCUCUUACAUCGUUAAAGAGUUCAUUGUAAACGUUGAAGAUGGAGCAUUAAACGUGACGUUCACGCCAGAGUCAAAACCUUCAAAUACCUAUGCGUUUGUUAACGGGAUUGAGAUCACUUCGAUGCCUGAUCUUUACAGCAGCACAGAUGGGUCUUUAACCGUUGUGGGAACUUCUAGUGGAGUCACUAUAGACAACACCACUGCUCUUGAGAAUGUUUAUAGACUCAACGUUGGAGGGAAUGAUAUCUCACCUUCAGAGGAUACAGGCUUGUACAGAUCAUGGUAUGAUGAUCAGCCUUAUAUCUUUGGUGCGGGUCUUGGAAUCACUGAGACUGCUGAUCCUAAUAUGACUAUUGCGUAUCCUCCUGGCACGCCUACUUAUGUUGCUCCUGUUGAUGUUUACUCCACUGCUAGGUCAAUGGGUCCAACUGCUCAGACCAAUCUCAACUCUAAUCUCACUUGGAUCUUUAGUAUUGACUCUGGUUUUAGUUACUUAGUGAGGCUUCAUUUCUGUGAGGUUGCUCCUAAUAUUACUAAGAUUAAUCAGAGGGUGUUUACUGUUUAUCUUAAUAAUCUAACGGCUGAGCCUGAAGCUGAUGUUGCUGGCUGGACAGAUGGACAUGGGAUUCCGUUACAUAAAGAUUAUGUUGUGAAUCUUCCGGAUGGAAAGGGACAGCAAGAUCUGUGGCUUGCUCUUCAUCCAAAUCCGACGAACAAGCCGGAGUACUAUGAUGCUAUUCUUAAUGGUGUUGAGAUAUUCAAGAUGAAUACUUCUGAUGGUAAUCUUGCUGGUCCUAAUCCUAUACCUGGUCCUAAGGUCACUGCAGAUCCAUCUAAAGUCUUGAUUCCGCGUACUGGUGAAUCCAAGAAGCACAAAGCUGUUGUUGCGGGUGCUGCUAGUGGUGCAGUUGUUUUAGGACUUGUGGUUUGUUUGUUUGCAAUUGUUGCUUACAGGAGACGUAAGGCUGGUGAGUACCAGCCUUCAAGUGAUGCAACAUCAGGGUGGCUUCCUUUGUCUUUGUACGGAAACUCACAUUCUGGUGGCUCUGGAAAGACAAACACAACGGGAAGCUAUGCCUCCUCCCUUCCUUCAAAUCUUUGUCGUCACUUCUCCUUUGCUGAGAUCAAAGCUGCUACUAAGAACUUUGAUGAGUCCAGGGUGCUUGGUGUUGGAGGGUUUGGUAAGGUGUACAGAGGAGAGAUAGAUGGUGGGACUACAAAGGUAGCUAUCAAGAGAGGGAACCCUAUGUCUGAGCAAGGAGUGCAUGAGUUUCAGACAGAGAUUGAAAUGCUUUCAAAGCUUAGACAUCGUCACCUUGUGUCUUUGAUAGGUUACUGUGAAGAGAACUGUGAGAUGAUCUUAGUGUAUGAUUACAUGGCGCAUGGGACAAUGAGAGAGCAUCUCUACAAAACACAGAACUCUCCUCUUCCUUGGAAGCAACGUCUUGAGAUAUGCAUUGGUGCAGCUAGAGGGCUACACUAUCUCCACACUGGUGCAAAACACACCAUCAUCCAUAGAGAUGUGAAGACAACAAACAUUCUGCUCGAUGAGAAAUGGGUGGCUAAGGUCUCUGACUUUGGUCUGUCAAAGACUGGUCCUGCACUUGACCACACACACGUAAGCACGGUCGUGAAAGGAAGUUUCGGUUAUCUUGAUCCAGAGUACUUUAGAAGACAGCAACUAACUGAUAAAUCUGAUGUCUACUCCUUUGGUGUUGUUCUCUUCGAAGCCUUGUGCGCAAGGCCUGCUUUGAACCCGACACUGGCGAAAGAACAAGUUAGUUUAGCUGAGUGGGCACCGUACUGUUACAAGAAAGGCAUGCUUGAUCAGAUCGUUGAUCCUUAUCUCAAGGGCAAGAUCACACCAGAAUGUUUCAAGAAGUUUGCUGAGACUGCGAUGAAGUGUGUACUAGACCAGGGCAUUGAGAGACCGUCCAUGGGAGAUGUUUUGUGGAACCUAGAGUUCGCGUUGCAGCUUCAGGAAAGCGCAGAAGAGAGCGGGAAGGGGAUAGGCAAUGAGAUGGACAUGGAUGAGAACUGUAAAGGGAAGGACAUGAACGAGAAGGGUUCUGAUGUAUAUGAAGGGGAUGUCACUGACUCGAGGAGCAGUGGAAUAGACAUGAGCAUCGGUGGUCGGAGUUUGGCAAGUGAAGAUUCAGAUGGACUCACUCCAAGUGCUGUGUUUUCUCAGAUCAUGAAUCCUAAGGGACGUUAA